GUGGCCGCCCCGAUACUUCCGGGGGGCGGUAAUAGAGAGGAGAGCUGUCAUGUACUGCGGAGCCUGCUGGCCAGCUCUGACUGAACCGGUCGGAUGAUUGUCGCGUCUCCAGGCAGGAGGAGGGAGCCCAUUGUGCUAUAGACGUGACCGACACUCGGGCUGCCAGUCCCAGCUGCCGAGGACAAGAGACGCCACAUUUUCCGCGGGAUCACGUGCGGUCUCCCUAUUGUGAGGACACUGGCGGCUCCUGGUUGCAGCGCCCUUUUCUUGUAGCAGUGCCCGGCGGGAGGAGGGAGCAGCUGCUGCAGCAUUGGGCACACGUCUACUUGUUGUCAAGCACUGCCCACCCCCUGGCACCAUCCACCUGGGAGCUCCAUGCAGUGAUCACUGAGGCAGCAGGCGACACCGGGACACUCAGUGCCAGCAGCUGGAUGGGUGCAUGCGGCCACUGACAGCCCCGGCUGCCCCGGGAAGGAGGUGGCAUCAUGGCCACAGAACAAGAUCCUGAAUCCGGUUGGAUGAGGGAGCCGGAGGCCGAGGAGAAUGGAUCGGUUCUGCCGGCCUCCAGCGUUACUGUGCCCCCAUCUGACGAGCUCCCCACAGCCCCCGCAUCCCCGGCACAGCCGGGCUCCCGGUACAGCCACCUGCUGGUGGACUAUGACGGCUCCGUGCUGCCCUUUCUGGGCGGGCUGGGCACCUACCAGAGGCGGCUGGUGCUGCUCACCUGGAUACCCGCGCUCUUCCUCGCCUUCAGCCAGUUCUCGGACUUCUUCAUGCUGGACCAACCCGACAAGUGGUGCAAGGCGAACGGCAGCCUGCCCGGGAGAAAGAGCCCCCUGCACCCGGAGAAUGACAGCUCCCCGGCCCCCGAGGUCAUGCUGCUGCUGCCGCCAACCCAGCUGCCCAUCACCCCCUCCCCGGGCACCUUCCCUCACAAUAACGACUCCUGCCUGUGCCACGAGUGGACCUACCAGAUCCACGCCGGGCUCGUCCAGAACGUGGUCAGCAAGUGGGAUCUUGUAUGCGACUCAUCGUGGAAAGUUCAUAUAGCCAAGUUCUCUCUGGUUGUGGGCUUGAUAUUUGGAUAUUUGAUAACAGGAUGUAUUGCUGACUGGAUCGGCCGACGUCUUGUGCUGCUCUUUUCUGUCAUCUUCAAUCUUAUUUUUGGACUUUCUGUGGCGCUUUCAGUUAAUGUGACAAUGUUCAGCACUCUCAGGUUUUUUGAAGGAUUCUGUCUUGCCGGGAUAUUCCUUUGUUUAUAUGCACUGAGAAUAGAACUAUGCCCUCCAGGCCACAGAUUCAUGAUUACAAUGGUGGCCAGUUUUAUUGGAAUGGCCGGACAGUUCCUUCUGCCAGGUUUGGCAGCUCUCUGCAGAGACUGGCAGAUUCUCCAGGCUGUCAUAAUCUGUCCAUUUAUUCUGAUGCUUUCCUACUGGUACAUCUUUCCUGAAUCUUUGAGGUGGUUAAUGGCCACAAUGCAGUUUGAUGCUUCUAAGAAGCAAAUUCUUCAAACUAUUCACAAAAACAGAGUGAACACAGAAAGUGACAUCAAAGGAGUAAUGCCUGAGCUGGAGAGAGAGCUUACAAGGAGAUCUAAAAAAGUUUGCAUUGUGAAAGUUGUGGGAACCAGGAACCUUUGGAAAAAUAUACUGGUCCUUUGUGUUAACUCGUUGACCGGCUAUGGCAUACACCACUGCUUUGCUAAAAGCUUGAUGGACCCUGAAGUCAAUAUGAACAUGAUGCACAACUUCUACGCCAACUACUUUGCCAUGGCAGGCAUUACAUUGGCAUCAUGUCUGGCUAUGUGUCCUGUUGUUGGAUUUUUGGGUAGAAGAGGAGGGUUGUUGUUGUUCAUGAUUUUAACAGCGUUGGCAUCGCUUCUUCAACUAGGUCUUCUGAAUUUGAUUGGAAAAUACACACUGCGCCCUGAGACAGGAAUGAGCGAAACUGUGAAAAAUAAAUUCUCCAUCAUUUUCUCCAUCAUCGGGAUGUUUUCCUCUCAUGCAGUUGGAAGUUUAAGUGUGUUUUUCUGCGCUGAAAUCACCCCCACUGUGAUCAGGUGUGGAGGCUUGGGAUUGGUUUUAGCCAGUGCUGGUUUCGGCAUGUUAACAGCCCCCAUCAUGGAGCUUCACAAUCAGAAGGGGUACUUCCUCCACCAUGUCAUCUUUGCCUGCUGUACUUUGAUUUGUAUCAUUUGCAUUCUUCUAUUGCCUGAAAGUAAAAACCAAAGCCUCCCGGAAAACAUCCCUCACGGAGAGCAUUAUACCCGUCAACCUCUCCUACCUCAUAAGAAAGGAGAGCAACCACUCUUGUUAACAAACUCUGAACUCAAGGACUACUCUGGUCUCCAUGAUUCUGUAGCGAUGGGAGAUGGUGUAUCUGAAAACACCACGGUCAAUGGUAUAAAGUCAACAUAGCUGGAUAACUGCCAUGGAGAAACAUCUUGUGUAUUUAUUGUUUCCCCUUUGCACAGGUCUUUCAGACCAACCAUAGGAUUUUCUAGUAUUGGGGUGUUCUCCCACACAGCUGCUAAGUCUGCUUAGGCCCCUUUAACCUUAUGGAAAACACCAAAAGGAAAUUCAGCCUCUAAUACUCCAGGAUAUCAAGAAGUGAUUUUGUCUUUAUUGGUGAUGAACUAAUCCGAACGUUGGUUUCCACCAACAUAUCUGUUACAUCCUUUCCGGUCAUCUGUAGGAUAAUCUGUAUACAUGGACAAGAACACAAUAUGAAUGACUGUGAUUCCUAUUUAUUUUAUAGAGGAAUUCUGUCUCCACCCCAUUCAUUACAUUUACAGCUGCCUAAGUAACAUUCAAAUAAAGUGAAAAGGCAAGAAAAAUAGUAUCCAAACUUUGGUUCCUGGAUGAGAAGCUUUCUGAUGGUGCAAAGGAGGAACCUGUCAAACCAACAUAGUGGGAGGUUUCUGCUCAUCAUUUGGACACUUAUCCACAUAUGCCUAAGUGAAUAUGAAAGUUAAGACCGAGCUAAUGGACUCCCCAAGUUCAAAUACUUUUUUUUUUUUUUUCUGCUAGAAUACUUGAGCAAUACAGAAGAGUUGGGAAAAGAGAAAUACCACUACCUUGAAAGCCUGUUAGCUGCCACUAUUCUAGAACUUGCAGCUAUUACUGAGUAUACCUUAUGGUUACCCCUCAGGUUUUACGUCUUACAUUGAAGACACUUGGGAAAAGGCUUUUAAAGAUGUCAAGUGAAUAUGUGCCAAAUUCUGCAGAAUACUCUUCCCUCCUGUAUGAACAGAACGUUGGCUAUGGAAGGCAGAGUUAUUUUCCCAUUUAGAUAAUGGGGUUGUCCCACUAUGGACCCUUAUCACCCAUCCACAAGAUUAGUCAUGAAUGUCUGAGCUCUGGGGUCGUGACCACUUGGACCUCCACUGACUACUCGGUACUUGUCUGUUUCCAUCAGCCUCAUAGCCAUGGAGUGAAACAGCACUGCUCCAUUCACACUUUACAUGGCCAAGUAGUGAUCAGUGGUGGUCCCAGUGUUUAGGCAUUUGUCACCUAUCCUGUGGAUAAGUCAUGGUUUCCAUUAAUGCCUCUGUGAUGUAUAGCAAUCCUAAUGAUAGGUCCAACCAUAUGUGCUGGUCAGUAGGAGAUUGUAAAUUCUAUAUCAUUGUAGAAAACAUUAGUUCCAUCAGUAGAAGCAAGUAACACUUUGCUUUACAUGGGUUAUGAUCAACCACAAAGCAGGAACUCCUAAUUCACGAUGGUUGUAGAUUUGGUCAGAGUGUAUAUCCAUACUAAAUGACCCAUGAUGCUUUUCUGAUCUUUUCAGAACUGUGUCUUGUACUCAGUGGAGGAUUUGAUAAACCUCCCUGACUAGUAGUAAGACUUACUAAAACCACGUGAAGCGGAAUCUUUUUAUUGUUGGAUGGGUGUGAAUUUGUAGAAAUCUUUACUAUUCUGUGGAUGGGCAGAUACAGGACAAUACACAUGCAGGGUAUACCUAAUCUCUAGCUUGGUGCAGAGCUUAUUUAUACACUGGUUAACCAACAAGAAAUGAGUCCAUAGGCAGCACCAUUUCCAUCCUGUAUGUUCUAUUAGUGAAGUUCUAACACCUUGCUGAGAGAUUGGCCUUCACAAGGGUAUCAAGCCACACAACCUGCUGAUGAGUGUAUUCAUUGUAACUGUUACAUUAGUGCUUUCUAGUUGAAUACUGUUAACCAUAAUGUGAACUAUGCUGUUGCUGUCGGGGUUUUUAGAUGCAUCAUAUGGAAGAAAGAAAAAAAAAAAAUUGUGACCGAUCUAGUUUUGUGAUCUGGAGGGAGGGAAGUCGGGCUUUGUACAGAUGCAAAAUCAAUGUUAGUAUUUUAAUAAAUGUUGCUAAAUGUUGUGGAGCCAAAAUCACGGGUCACCAAAUUGGAAGAAGUGCCAUUAAAUGAACUGUGAGUGUUGAUCACUUUACUGUCGGGAUGACUUAAAGCGCACUGCAUCCUCUCUGAAACAGAUGGGGAUAUGAUGCACCUUAAAAAAACAAAAAAAACAUAACAGAAAAAAAAACAAAAAAAACUAAUGUGUUCUGAAGUGUACCGUGAGUGUUUUGGAGGAAAUUUAGCCUAUUUUAUUCCAGGUGUUUAACACCAAUCCCUCACAUUUCUGUUCCUUUCUAAGAGUAAUAACUUUUAAUGUCUUCUUUGUACAGUAAUCUUGAAGCAAUCAUCCAUGAAUUGUUGACAUAGUACUGUAGACUUGUCAAACCACUACUGCUAAUCCUGUUGUCUUCGCCAUUAUUUUAAGAGCCAGAGCAAUAGGUUAUACUGGGCACUCAUACCAAGGUAGAUUUUAUUUGUCUCUUUUUAACACUAACAUUACGGCUGGCCAUCAGUUCCAUUAAUAUACGAAAAAAUGUGUCAAGUUGAAAUGCCCUGCUAGAAUGAAGCUGUGGCUGAUAGGGUAAAAAUGUUUGAAAUUAUACAAAAGGAAUCAUGACGGAUCAUUUGUUCAGUAUGACCUGUAAAAUACAGAUUAGAGUUACAUGAAAUUAAUUUCUACACGAUCAGCAUUUUUCUUGCCAUAGGCAUUUAUGAAAAUUGUCUUUUUUAUGUUUUCUGUAUGAGACAAGGACAAUAAUGUUUUGGUCUAGGUUUACUUUUAGCACAUACAUGUUUUAGUACUUUCCUGUUUUUGUUUGAUCUUCAGGAGUAGUUUGGUGGUACACAUCCAUAGCACAAGCUUUCCAAUUGAGUACUGAAAUGUCUUAAAAAUUAAAUGUGUGCAUGUCACCUGGUUGUAUCUGCGCAAAAACUAUUUGUACUGUAUGUGAACAGGAAUAAAAACCUAAACAAAA